AUACUAAUAUAUUGUGGGUGAGAGAGAAGUCCUGUCUCGGAACUACGGUGUGGAAAUAUGUAUUUUUCUUUCUGAGUGCAUUGUGAACAUAAUACGCAUGCGUCGGAUUGACGUCUCCGCCAAUAGAAAAAUAAAAAUAAAAUAUAUGUUAGCAUAUGUAUACAUAUAUAUAUAUAUAUAUCUCAUCAUCAUCUGAUCACUGCAUUUGCGCACUACGGUCAAACACAUAUCGAACAUCGUCUGUCCUUCGGUCCUAUGACUGCUUUUUCUUAUAGACAGCAUAGGACAAUAUAGUAUUAUUACAUAUAUGUAUUACAUAUAUGUUUUAUACACACGGCUGCUGUGGAUUAGAACUAGUUAAAGCUACGAUGGUAGAAGAGAUCAUUAAUUCCGGCAAUAAACCGAAAAAUAAAACUACCCGACCUCGUCCGGUUUACCUAUGGAAUGUGUUGGACGUGCAGAAAUGGCUCAGACGACACUGCAGUGACUAUUAUCAGCUAUAUCACGAGAAAUUUUUGCAUAUAUUUCAUUGUUUCAAGCACGAUAUCACAGGAAGGGUAUUGUUAAGAAUAAACGAAAACAUCCUGUUACGGCUGGGUGUCGAUAAUGAACAACACAGGAUGGACAUAUGGAGGGAGAUUAUGAAACUGCAUCUCAAGACAGAUAUGCUAGAGAUUAGGGAAUUAGAGCGACGUAACAAUAUGAACUUUGACUAGAAUAUAUAAAACCCUGUUAUAUUUUUAGUUAUAUUUUAGUUUUAUAAGUUUUUUCAGUAUAUAUACAUAUGUGUG